CAGCUCCGGGUUGGAGCCGGAGCCGGAGCCGGAGCCGGAUUCCGCGCAAACGGCCACGUCAACCUAAACCUACACCGCCCUCCCCACCCCGCUGCGCCCACAGAUCCUGAGGCGAGUCCUCCCAAGCAGCGUCCUCCACGCCUUUCCCACGAUGCCCCGCGCCAGGCCCCGCCCCGCCCCGCCUCGCUUAGGAGACCGCCGCGCGAGGAGCCAAGCCGAGCCGGCCGCGCUCGUCGCUGCCGGUGCGGCUGGCUGCUCCUACUACAUCUCGGGCGCUGCGGGCCAGCGGUCAGAGAGUGCGUGCUUCCUUACCGCACGCACAGCUUGUGUUUGGCCGAGUGGGGUCCGCCGCCGGGGAUUGAGGAUGGGGAAGUAGCUGCAGGAGACGACCUUGCAGCACCGAGGGUUUUCUGGUGGCGUGAAAAGGAUUAGAAAUGAACCAAAACCAUUCACAGAUUAACAUUUUGGGAAAAAAUUCAUGAUACCUGUUUCACCUUUGGAGUAAUGUGGACAGAAGUUCUCAGAUUUGCAUAUUACAUCAACCGGAACCAGUGGCAUUAUCUUAAUGUUCACUUGAGUCAGAACUUGUACAAGAAAAACAAUGGGAGUCUGGUUAAAUAAAGAUGACUAUCUCAGAGACUUGAAAAGGGUCAUGCUCUGUUUUCUAAUAGUGUAUAUGGCCAUUUUAGUGGGUACAGAUCAGGAUUUUUACAGUUUACUUGGUGUAUCCAAAACUGCAAGCAGUAGAGAAAUAAGACAGGCUUUCAAGAAAUUGGCAUUGAAGCUACAUCCUGAUAAAAACCCGAAUAACCCAGAUGCACAUAGUGAUUUUUUGAAAAUAAACAGAGCAUAUGAAGUACUCAAAGAUGAAGAUCUGCGGAAAAAGUAUGACAAAUAUGGAGAAAAGGGACUUGCAGAUAAUCAAGGAGGCCAGUAUGAAAGCUGGAAUUAUUAUCGUUAUGAUUUUGGUAUUUAUGACGAUGAUCCUGAAAUCAUAACAUUGGAUAGAAGAGAAUUCGAUGCUGCUGUUAAUUCUGGAGAACUGUGGUUUGUGAACUUUUACUCCCCAGGGUGUUCACACUGCCAUGAUUUAGCUCCCACAUGGAGAGACUUUGCUAAAGAAGUAGAUGGAUUGCUUCGAAUUGGAGCUGUUAACUGUGGCGAUGAUAGAAUGCUUUGCCGAAUGAAAGGAGUGAACAGUUAUCCCAGUCUCUUCAUUUUUAGGUCUGGAAUGGCUGCAGUGAAAUACCAUGGUGACAGAUCAAAGGAAAGUUUAGUGAAUUUCGCCAUGCAGCAUGUUAGAAGCACAGUGACAGAAUUAUGGACAGGAAAUUUUGUUAACUCCAUACAAACUGCGUUUGCUGCUGGUAUUGGCUGGCUGAUCACUUUUUGUUCCAAAGGAAGAGAUUGUUUGACUUCACAGACACGUCUCAGGUUAAGUGGGAUGUUGGAUGGUCUUGUUAAUGUAGGAUGGAUGGACUGUGCCACCCAGGACAACCUUUGUAAAAGUUUGGACAUUACAACAAGUACUACUGCAUAUUUUCCUCCUGGAGCCACUUUAAAUAACAAAGAGAAAAGUGGUAUUUUGUUUCUUAAUUCAUUGGAUGCUAAAGAAAUAUAUUUGGAAAUAAUGCAUAACCUUCCAGAUUUUGAACUACUUUCGGCAAACACACUAGAGGAUCGUUUGGCUCAUCAUCGGUGGCUCUUAUUUUUUCAUUUUGGAAAAAAUGAAAAUUCAAAUGAUCCUGAGUUGAAGAAACUAAAAACUCUACUUAAAAAUGAACAUAUUCAAGUUGGCAAGUUUGACUGUUCGUCUGCACCAGACAUCUGUAGUAAUCUCUAUGUUUUUCAGCCAUGUCUAGCAGUAUUUAAAGGACAAGGAACUAAGGAAUUUGAAAUUCAUCAUGGAAAGAAGAUUCUUUAUGAUAUACUUGCCUUUGCCAAAGAAAGUGUUAAUUCUCAUGUUACCACACUGGGACCUCAAAAUUUUCCUGCCAGUGACAAAGAACCAUGGCUAGUUGAUUUUUUUGCCCCUUGGUGUCCACCAUGUCGAGCUUUAUUGCCAGAGUUAAGAAAAGCAUCAAAGCAUCUUUACGGUCAGCUUAAGUUUGGUACAUUAGAUUGUACAGUUCAUGAGGGACUCUGUAACAUGUAUAACAUUCAGGCUUAUCCAACAACAGUGGUAUUCAACCAGUCCAACAUUCAUGAAUAUGAAGGACAUCACUCUGCUGAACAGAUCUUGGAGUUUGUAGAGGAUCUUAUGAAUCCUUCAGUGAUCUCCUUGACACCCACCACUUUCAACGAACUAGUUAAACAAAGAAAACAUGACGAAGUCUGGAUGGUUGAUUUCUAUUCUCCAUGGUGUCAUCCGUGUCAAGUCUUAAUGCCAGAGUGGAAAAGAAUGGCCCGGACAUUAACUGGACUGAUCAAUGUGGGCAGUAUAGACUGCCAACAAUAUCAUUCUUUUUGUUCCCAAGAAAAUGUUCGGAGAUACCCUGAGAUAAGAUUUUUUCCCCCAAAAUCAAAUAAAGCUUAUCAAUAUCAUAGUUACAAUGGUUGGAAUAGGGAUGCUUAUUCCCUAAGAAUCUGGGGUCUAGGAUUUUUACCUCAAGCAUCUAUAGAUCUAACACCUCAGACUUUCAAUGAAAAAGUUUUACAAGGGAAAAACCAUUGGGUGGUUGAUUUCUAUGCUCCUUGGUGUGGACCUUGCCAAAACUUUGCUCCAGAGUUUGAGCUCUUGGCUAGGAUGAUUAAAGGAAAAGUGAAAGCUGGAAAAGUAGACUGUCAAGCUUAUGCUCAAACCUGCCAGAAAGCUGGUAUCAGAGCCUAUCCAACUGUUAAAUUUUAUCCUUAUGAAAGGGCAAAGAGAAAUACCUGGGGAGAGGAAAUAGAUUCCAGAGAUGCAAAAGAGAUUACUACCUUAAUAUAUGAAAAAUUGCAAAACCUCCAAAAUCAUGGAAAGAGAAAUAAGGAUGAACUUUAAUGAUGUCGAAAAUGAAGAAAAAAUUGAAAAGAAAUUGACAGAUGAUGUCAGAAGCCACCUUUUCAGAAUGUUACUAUGUUCUGGAUGGGAGUAAAUGAACAUUAUCUUGGACUUGUAAUUGCACUGCUUGAAUUCUGUACAACAUUAAUAUAAAUGAAGGGUCUGGAGACUUUUUCUGUAAAGGGCCAGAUCGUAAAUACUUUAGGCUUUGUAGACCAUAGAUGGGUCUUUGUCACAUAUUCUCUGUUUUUAUUUUGUUUACAACCCUUUAAAAAAUGUAAAAACCAUUCUUAGCCUCAAGGCUGUACACAAAUAGGCCACAAGCCACAUUCAGCCCAUGGGCCACAGAUUGCUGACCCACAGAAAGAUGUUUAGGCUAGCUGGCUCAAACAUGAGCCUGCUCUGUGAUCUACGUACAUGCUAAGUUAUACAAAGUGUACUUUAUCAAUUCAAGUUUUGUGGCUGGCCUGAAAAGAGAAUUUGGUUUUCAGUCACCUGUUCUCCUAAAAAAAAACCUCUGAAAUUGAUUAUCUGACCAUGUAUUUCAUUUAAAAAACAUACUCAAAAUGUGGGAAAAUAAACAGAUACCCUAUUUUCAUGCUGUA